AUGCACGAGGCCUUCGAGAGCGUCGUCGAGCAGCGGGUGGACGGAAACGCCGGGAUCAUCGGCGUGAUGCUCGAAAGCAACAUCAACCCGGGCAGCCAGAAGAUCAACGGCGACUUCUCCAAGCUCGAGGAGUACGGGGUCUCCAUUACCGACCCCUGCAUCGGCUGGCAGGAGACCGAAGACCUGCUCAGGCUGGCAUCGAUAGCGCUGGGAGCAAGGACUCGCGCUAGGCGUGACGGUUCGUUCCCGGAAUCGCGAACGACACGGCCAAUCGGUAGCUGUGAUACACUCCCACAACUCGAAAUGACCGAUCUCAAGCCUCCAACAGAGUCCUGGCGAACCCUCCGACGCCUCAGCGUCCCAUGGGGCAUCACCGACGCCAUGAUCGGCUUCGCAUCGUCGCUUGCGGCAGAUGGCGUCGUGCUGCGCACCUGGGCGACUGCGCUCGGAUCGUCCUUGGCCCAGAGCCAGCAGACGUGCUGCACCGUGCUGUCUGUUCCUGCUCCAGGAUUCCCCGACGUUCCGACCUCCAUCGAGAUCGCCGAGGCCGUCCUGCGGAACGGCGGCGACCUGCUGGAAGUCGGUGUCCCCUUCAGCGAUCCCGUCGCCGAUGGCCCCACCGUCCAGAAGACGAGCUUUCACGCCCUGCAGCAAGGACCCAUGGCAAAGAUACGAGGCAUUCGCGGCGCGACCAUCGCCGAUGACAACACCCAGCAGGCCAUUCUCGGAAGCCACCGUCGAGUUGCUCACGGCAUGGUCGAGUCGAACGACGUCGACGUCGACGACAUAGCGGCGGCGUACUUCACGACGACCCAGGACCUGAAUGCGAGUUUCCCGCUGCUGCUGCCCGACAGCUUGGCUGGCAGUACGUUGCCCUCCUCGUGCGCCCACGAAAUGAAGGUGCCGAAUGCCAUGCAGCGCGUCAUCCGCGUCAUGCUCCUCGUCAACACCGACCGGAAGCCUCGGAGAUCGAGUUCCAGUAUCUCCGUGGGACCGACGCACUGCGCAAGCGCGUGGUAG